CAGAUUAUCGACUAUCGGGAAAUUUCGAUUUUAAUUGCUUAUCGACAUUUGGCCGCCAUUAGUCAAGCUAACGGACAUUCAGCAAAGCCGCUCCACAGUUGUGUUUGCUAUUUAUUGUUUUGUAAGAAGAGAAAUAGAUAUCGCAAUACAUCUAAAAUGGAUUUCUUGACUGCUUUGUCGACGGGCGCUAGUGUAGAUUAUGCAACAUCGGAGUAUAUAUACGCCUUUAUGCAGGCUGUAGCAAAAAAUCCAAAGAAUUGGUUAGGUAAAGUGUCGCAUAACUUUGUCGGCCAAUGCUUCAGAGCGCUGGGCUUACAGUUUAACGUCAGCGUCGAGGCAUUCCAACGCACAUAUGAUCAUCCGUAUAGCGCGGAUAACUUAAAUUACAUCUUUAAUGCUGUGCCCUUUGUACUGAAAAACGUGGAGUUAUUUUUUAACCAACUACCGAUAUCGUUGGCAGUUUGUGAGAGCACAGUUGCACAAGAUAGGCCAGAUUCGAGGUUGGGUGGCGAAUUCUACGACAUAACAAAUCCUGUGCUUUGUUAUUUGCGUGUGGUGGACGUUUGGGCUUUUGUGGUGCGAAGUAUAACUGCUAAAUUACAACAGAAGGAUAUCGUGCGGUUUCUAUGUGAACCCCUGGCCAGAAUGUCUUUCUGCAUAUUGCAAGGCCUGGUGAAGCUGCUGCCUGAAUAUGGACAAAAGUUUAAGCUGCUUGAAGAGAAUUGCCUUUGUCUUACAGUGCUGGUACGCUACGGCAUAUUCUUCAAGGAGAGCUGCCAGCUUAUACUGCCAUCUAUGCUGGGUAUGUUUAAAGAACACUUUCAGCUCUUCUGUGGGACAACAAAGUCGGCUGUAAGAUUUAUCUACUGGGUAUUUAUUUGCGAGAUGUCUGACAAGCAGACAUUCAUUCGGACCUACCAGUUUUUGGAAUCGUUGCUUGACUACUUCGCUGAAAGCAAGCAUUGCGAUGCUUCGGGUAAUCUUAUCUUGCGCUUGAUUACCAAUGAGCUGAUCACGGACAAAUAUCUUGCUGUUCAAUUUGAUAUGCUCAAAGUGAAAAACUGCAAUUCCUUGUUGCUAGCAACGCUUCACUAUUUGCAGACGUUACAACGCCACUUGGUCAGCACAGAUAUUUUCACGCUUCGUUUUUUGGAACAAAUUUUGUUGGUUUUGCUUGAAGUGCCAAAUGCUUCGCUUUCGGUGUGCUCAUCAGCAGCCGAGCUUUAUGUAACCUUGGCAGAGCGCCAGUACUCGAAGCAGGAGAUAUUUGGUCAUAUACUGGAAACGUUUGUAAAGACCCAGAGUAGUGCAGGGAAAUUUUCAAGCCAUGAGAAGUUCAUGUCGCUCAUAAAAGUUUAUCUACAGAAGCUGAUGUACCACUUUCCGGCUCUACAGUACUUUAAAUACUAUAUGAAUCUGCUCAAUGCAGGGAAUGUACGUAACGAGCUUCUCCUUUUUACUGCACAUGCCACAUGCGCUCUGUUUGAGAUUUACAGCGAGGAAUAUGAGGAAAUGGAGGUUGCACGGCAGCAGGUGCACAAGCUUCUACAUCAUUGGCCAAAGCUCGUUAAGCACUCUGCGCGGAAUACGGAGACUCGUGCCGUAAUCUAUGGCAUCUACAGCGCAGUAGACUUUGCUGCUCUGGUAGAACACAAAUCGAAACUAAGCGUAUUGGAGAGACAUUGCUUGAACAUAUUCCUGAACGAUGAUACACUAAGCGAGGCUGAAUUCGCAAUUCUCUUUGUAAAAUUAUGUCAAUCUGUAGAAGUGACAGGGAAUGAACAAGUACUUGUAACUGCGGCGCUAACUUUGCAAGACAGAUACGCUGAUAUAUCUAUGAACAUGAUGGGCCGCCAACAGGAGAGCGCUCAGAUGGAACUGCUACAAGAAUAUGGCACGUGCUUACGAAGUAUUUAUGCUAUGAUCAAACAGAACAAGCUGCGCGGCCAUCAGGUAUGCGAUAUGUACGAAACACUAGCUAGCCAGAUGUUGCGUGAAACAGUAGCCAAUGAACAUUUGGCUCUUUAUGGUUACGAGUGCUUGGCGUUAAUGUUUAUAGUGCUGCAUUAUGAGCGUAAGGAUCUGGAGGAUGCGCACGAGCACCUAGCAAGGUCUUUGCAGCUGGCUGAGAUAUUGCGCGACGACUGUGUACGCAAGCUGUCCAUUUUACCACAGAAUAUGCCACAGACGAAAUCUCUGUUUUGUGCCAUUGCUGCGCUGCACUUGGGCUUACCAAAUAAUCUGAUAUUGAAUGCACUCACCUAUGAUACGUUGUCGGCGCGACUCUCAGAUGUAACGACGGCUCUGAACACACGCAGUGAUACGCUAGUUUUAAGCUACGUGAAGGAGAUGCACUCACUCUUUCGUCAGUUGCAUGAAAAUGAGCUAAUUGUUUUGCCUACAAAUCGCAUAUGGAAACCUCUAUUGCAGUACAAAAUUAUUCACACAACACCUGUUUGUAUAACCCGCGAACUGGAAGAGCUUAUAGUGGUGCUUAUAAAGAGACAUAUUGUCACAUACGCUCAUAACCUAUCUGUCAUUCAGUUGCACACUUUCAAUGCGUGUCGCAAUAAGAAUCGCUUCUCAGUUGCACUAGCUGCCCAUAUGCGUCUUGUGGAGGUGAAUGCAAGUGCGAAAGAUGCGUGGCUGUUAAGAUUACACGUAUUCAAUGCCUCUCUGGAGCUACUUGUGAAUAGGUUGGCUGCGCUUCGUACAGAAUCCGAAGUUACAACCUCACGUAAUAAUCUUUUUCCCUUGCGUCAUUUGCUUUUGUUGGUGAAUAGACUGCGCCUUGAGGAAGCCCACUUUAUGAAUAUCGCUCGAUUGCUUAGCAGCCUGCAGGCAAAUGUUAAGACUGAUGCCGAUAAAAGAGAACUUGAUAAAUUUAUUACGCAGAUUAGCGCUUACAAACACUCUUGCGUGGAUGUUGCUAAGACCAGCUUAAAACCUCAACCUCCGGGUCCCAUGGCUUUGUGGCAGGCAAAAGCGUUUAAUUACUCAUUAGAUAGUGCACGGAAAUUGGACUUCUCACUGCAGUAACUAACUGUUGACAGUAAAGAAACAAAUAUAUUAUAUUUAUAAUCAGUUUCAAUGUUAAGUGUCAUUUGAUAUUCAAAAUUAAUUCGACUUAUAUACUUAAUAA